CUUCAGGUCAGCACAGAGCAGCAGUCUCCUUCAUCUCUUCUGGAAACUUUCCACUUUGGAACUCCCAAAGAGUGGCCAGCAGUGACCAAGACGGGUUCUCUUCUGCUGUGUGGUUCAUGAAACUGGAAGGCUGGCCGCGUGCUUCUGGUUGCCAUGGAAAUGACCAGGGCCACUGGCCUUCUGAAAACGGAAAAGAACAGCAAGUGCAAGAAGAGGCAUUCCGUGCUUCCUGCCCGGCAGAUUAAACCAGCUGUCAAGCCUGAGUGAAGGAUCAGUCCGGGCGUGGAGGCGACAACCUGGCAGUGGAACUCUGAGAUCUCGAGGUUUCUAUACACACUUGAGGUUAAAGGCCACAGAAUCUAGGAAUGGAAUCCGAGGUACGGGAUAUCAUGUGAGUUUCGAUGAAUCGGCUCAUGAAGGGGAACCUGGCCGGCCCAUGCUGAGACGAGAAUGGCACCUCCUUCUGGGCACAGCUUCUUUCUGAUCAGCGCGCUGGGCGUCUUUGCACUUGACUGCUUCACCAGGGCUCAGGGGAACGGCACGCUCAUUUUCACCAAGGAAAACACCAUUCGGAAGUGCAUCUGCUCAGCAGACAUCCGGGACUGUGACUACAGUUUGGCCAACCUAAUGUGCAGCUGUAAAACCAUGCUGCCUCUUGCCAUCGAGCGAACGAGCUACAGUGACCGUCUGACCAUCUGGUUCACAGACACGUCUGCGCUGGGGCUUCUGCUGAACUUCACGCUGGUCCGGGACCUGAAGCUUUCCCUAUGCAGUACCAACACCCUCCCCACUGAGUACCUGGCUGUUUGUGGUCUGGAGAGGCUUCGGGUCAGCAUGGAGGCCAAGCAUCCCUCCCCUGAACAGAGCUUACUCAUCCACGACAGUAGGGAGAGCGAAUCCAGAGAGAAGCCCACGUUGUUCCAGCAAGGCUGGCAAACCUGUACGUAUAUCUCCUUCUUAGAUAUGGCACUCUUCAACAGGGAGUCCACCUUAAAAUCAUACAGUGUUGCAAACUCUGCCAGCCUAGCCAACAACUUCCCCUACUUUUCCCACCUUAAAACCUUCCCAAUUCUAAACAACAAAAGCUAUGUUAUCACGUUCAUUUACUAACAUCGUAGCUGUGCCCAUCCUCUGGGGACUUUGGCACCUGCUGGAUCAUCACAACAAGGGAUCUGUGAACAAGGUCAUGGGUAUUCCUAGCCUCAACUUCACUUCUCCCCCAGCCUCCUUUCACACAGAGCCAGCCCUCUGCUCCACCCAUGCCUGGCCCUGGGAAAACAAAAUAAAAAUAAUCAAAAAAACCUACUUGAUUCAGUCUAGAAGCAUAUGUUGGGGGCCAGCUAGAGGCUAGGUUUUUGCUACUAAGGGAGGGUAGGGAAAUGUCAGAUCAGUGCACCCCAAGGACUGCCUAGUGGAGCUCAGCAGAGGGGAUGAACCCUAAAGAAAAGGUCUUCCAGGACUUCCCUGGUGAUGCAGUGGUUGAGACUUGCCUUUGAAUGCAGGGGAUGCCAGUUCGAUCCCUGGUCAGGGAACUAAGAUCCUACAUGCCUCACGGCCAAAAAACCAAAAUAUAAAACAGAAGCAAUGUGUAACAAAUUCAAUAAAGACUUUUAAAAA